UCUCACCGAAACCCUCGUUGUCAGAGAGCUUCAUCGUCGUUCCGGCAAUUCCAACAAUCCCAAGCAAUGAAGGAAGCAAUCGUGCUGUAUCCGUCACCGGCCAUCGGCCACCUCAUCUCCAUGGUGGAGCUCGGGAAGCUCCUCCUCACCCACCGCCCUUCCCUCUCCAUCCACAUUCUCAUCACCAACCAAGCUUACGACGCCGGCUCCACCACCACCUACAUCGCUUCCAUCUCCGACACUGUUCCCUCCAUUGCCUUCCACUACUUCCCCGCCACAACACUCCCCCCGGACUUCUCCACCACCUCCCCCCACCGUGAGACCCUCGCCCUCGAGCUCCUCCGCCUCAACAACCCCAACGUCCAUCGCGCCCUCACCUCUAUCUCCGAGAACCAUGUCGUUCACGGCCUCAUCAUCGACUUCUUCUGCGUCGCUGCUGUCGCCGUCGCGCGUGAGCUCAACAUCCCCUGCUACUACUUCUUCACUUCGGGGGCCGGUUUCCUCAACUUCUUCCUAUACAUCCCAACUCUUCACGACAAGUUUGCCAAAAGCUUGAAAGACUUUGCCACCCCCAUAGAUGUCCCCGGCACACCGCCAAUACCGCCCUCCGAUGUUGCUGAUCCGAUACAGGAUCGCUACGAUGAGGCCUACAAGGGCUUCUUGGAAUCGUCCUUGAAGAUGCAGACUUCAGCCGGGAUCAUAGUCAACACCUUCGAGAAGCUCGAGCAUAGAGCGAUACGAGCCAUCAUGGACGGCCAGUGUGUGCCCGGUGGACCCACUCCGCCGCUUUACUGCAUCGGGCCACUGAUCUCGAGCAGAGGAGGCGACGAUGGUGGAUCUCCAGAUUGUCUGACAUGGCUGGACUCGCAGCCAAGAGGGAGCGUCGUGUUCUUGUGUUUCGGGAGCUUGGGCGUCUUCUCGGUGGAACAGCUGCAGGAAAUAGCGACGGGACUGGAAAGGAGCGGUCAACGGUUCUUGUGGGUGGUCCGUAACCCAUCAGAGGAUAAGAACCAAAAGGCCUCCAUGUUUGCGAUGCCCGCCCCAGACUUGGACUCGCUGCUUCCGGAGGGCUUCUUGGAACGUACCAAAGAGAGGGGGCUCGUGGUCAAGAAAUGGGCCCCGCAGGUGGCCGUGUUGAGCCACCCGUCGGUGGGCGGGUUCGUGACUCACUGCGGGUGGAACUCAGUCCUUGAGGCAGUGUGUGCAGGCAUACCGAUGCUGGCGUGGCCGCUCUAUGCGGAGCAGCGGCAUAACAGGGUGCUGCUGGUGCAGGAGAUGAGGAUCGCCCUACCGGUGGACGAGUCAGAGGACGGGUCGGUGAGGUCAGAGGAGGUGGAGAAGCGAGUCAGAGAAUUGAUGGAGAGUGAAGAGGGCAAGAUGGUGAGAGAACGAACGCUCGCCAUGAAGGAAGAAGCUAAGGCUGCUCUGAGCCCCGGCGGGUCGUCUCGGUUGGCGUUGGCCAGACUCGUCGAGUCGUGGAAGCGCGAGUGAAACGCGCCGGACUCAUUGGCUCAUUCAGCCGUCCGCUGGUGAUAUUUUCUCGUCGUCUUUUAGGUAGGCAACAUUCGAGGGAGGCGAAAGGACGGACGUCACAGACGAAGUGGCGUGUUCUUUCUAUGCAUCGGUUUUAUCAGUCAACGUAAGCAGAACGUGCGCAUGAUCGAGUUUCGUCUUGUAUGCUGCGCUUUGAUCCCCCGUGCAAAUAAAGUCCUUUGUUUUAUGGGUGAAAUAAUAUCUCUCUUGGACUGUACACUCCAAAUCGUUCUCUCCCUCUGUGUUACCUAUUUUA